UUUUCCUUUUUCUCUCCAUUCCCCCCCCCAUUCCCUUCUACAGGUGCCGUUCCUCAGAGUGCUCCCCCGAUUCCCACCGGCUCCUCCCUGUUCCACUUCCCAGGCCCAGAGCCUGGGUCCCCGGGUUGUUGCAGUGGGAAUGUCACUCCCCGAGGCCGUGGGCCCCCAAUCUCUGUGGUUGCGGAUCAGGAGGGAUCAGACAGCAGGGCUCGCUUCCCGUCAGGCAGCCUCCCCAUCCGCCUGUACCCGGAUCCAGGCAGCCCCUUCUCACCAGGUCCCCUUCCAGCUCUGGCCCCAGGCUUCAGCCUGAGCCCUGGUCCAGGCCCAUGCCCCGGGGGCCGCUUUAGCUUCAACCCCGAGGAGAUGAGCCUGUGGCUUCAGGCCCACGCCCGCUCUGUUUACCACUACCACCUGAGCCCCCGCUCCUUCCCCUUUCCCCGCUACCCAGCUCCUGCCCCCGCCACCGAUGAUGAACCCCCUGCCCCCAGCAUCAGGCUACAGGCCCCGCCGCCAGGCCGCAAGCCCCGGGCCGAGCCCCAGGGGCCGCAUUUCGCCAGGCCGGCACCGCCUCCGACAGCAGAACAGCCAACUGGCUCCAGCCCCGGGAUAGGGGCCGGGGUCUGUCCUCGGGGAGGCCGGGGGUCUGAGCACAGUAGCUCCAUGCCCCUCAAACUGCGCUUCAAGAGGCGCUGGGUGAGCGAGAAUGGUGUGGAGACGGCCCCAGGCCUGGGACCAGCCCCCUCCUCCUCCUCCUCCUCCUUCUGCCCUCCUGCCUCUGAGGGAGCUGUUCCCACAGGCUCUGAGGAGGAAGAUGGGCAGUGCAGGCUGAAGCCAGGCCGCUCCGGGGGCCUCACAGACUGAGAGUGGGGGAGAGAGAGAGAGAGAGAGAGAGAGACCGGCGAAACAGUAAGGGCGACUCCUCAAGAUCAUCAAUGUCCCCCUGAGCAGGUCUUCUACAGACAACAUCUCACCUUCUGUCCUCAUGACCCUUCCUCCUUUUCCCCCCCCACCCCCGCCCCUCAUCGCACCUCCCCUCCCCUUGCUCGCUCUCCCCCGCCCCGCCCCACACCUCCCCUCCCCUUGCUCGCUCUCCCCAGCCCCGCAACUCCCCUCCCCUUGCUCGCUCGCCCCUUUACUCACGCCCUUCCUGCUUUACUCACCCCCGUGACUCCCCUCUCUUUCCCCCACACUAUUUACUUUCCUCCUUCCUUUAUUCUUCCUCCUUCCUUUACUCACUGACGUAACUCCUCAUGCCCCCACUUUCUCCACUCCUCCUUAACUCUUUCACUUCCCACCCUCGCCCUACUCGCUCCCUCUCCUCACUCUUCAUAAACACACCCCUCACUCCUCUCAUGCCCCUUACAUCUUCCUCUCCUCCCUUUCUUUCCUUAUUCCUCAUCCCCCUCAUUCCCUUUGCACCAUCUUCUCACUCCGUCCCCACUAACCUCACCCCUUCCACAGACCCUUCCUUCCUCCCUUGUAUUCCCUUCUCUGUCUACUCCCCUCGCUCUGCCCCCUCAACACCUCACCUUGCUAGUGUGUGGAAAUGGAGGCGUUGGUGGAUGAGAGGGUUAAUCCCCCUCUGAUCGGGGAACAGACUGCCCAGUGUGUGUAAAUGGAGAGGGUGUGUGUGAGGGGGUUAAUCCCCCUCCGAUAGGGGAACAGACUGCCCGGUGUGUGUAAAUGGGGAGGGUGUGUGUGAGGGGGUUAAUCCCCCUCCGAUAGGGGAACAGACUGCCCGGUGUGUGUAAAUGGAGAGGGGGUGUGUGAGGGGGUUAAUCCCCCUCCGUUAAGGGCACAGACUGCCUGGUGUGUGUAAAUGUGGAGGGGGUUACUCCCCCUUGAUAAGGGCACAGACUGCCUGGUGUGUGUAAAUGGGGAGGGGCUGUGUGAGAGGGUUACUCCCCCUCCGAUAGGGGAACAGACUGCCCGGUGUGUGUAAAUGGGGAGGGGGUGUGUGAGGGGGUUAAUCCCCCUCCGAUAGGGGAACAGACUGCCCGGUGUGUGUAAAUGGGGAGGGGGUGUGUGAGGGGGUUAAUCCCCCUCGGAUAGGGGAACAGACUGCCCGGUGUGUGUAAAUGUUUGAUAUGAAGUGUGUGAUGUGUUUAACUGAUGUUUCAUACCAUUUGGUGCCUGCAAAUGUAUUUCUCUGAACUGUAAUUAAAUAAGAUAUAUACUUUGAUUGUGCAAGAUGUUCACUAUAUAUUUUUCCGAAAGUAUCUUCAGAAUAAAUUUACCUCAAUAUUAAAG